AAUAACAUAAACUUUGCUAAUUCAAUAAACAUUUAUCUACAACCUAUAUGGCUUCAGCUUUGUACUAGGUGCUAAAUACAUGGGAUCCAUGCAGACAUGGCCCUUGGCCUUUUGGAGCCUUAUUCCAGCCAUAGUCACAUAUAGGGGUGUCAAUUCCAGAAGUCCACACCUAAGAGACUGAAGACCAAAGAGAGGAUCAGAAUUCCAAUUUCCUUUAUAUACAUCUAACUUUACCCAGCGUGAUGGACAGCUGGAAUAACCUCUUUCAGGGUAGAGAUAUCCCCACCAUUUGCACAUGACUUUGCACCUUCAACUUGAUUACUAUUUAAUAUCAUAGCUCCAGUAUGUGAUCAUGUGAGCAAGAGAUACACCACAGUAAGCGAAUUCACAAAAGGAUGAUUUAUAAUCCAUGUUAUUUAUAGUGGGAACUGCAUAGGUUCACGAAGAGACCAGAAAAGUCACCUACCAGGUCAUUCAGAUGAGAGGUUACUCCCUGUCAAACUCAAUUGAAAUGCAAAUUAAAACAGAAAUGUCCAAAUUUCUUUGGAGGCAACAAGCAUCCUGAGACCCUCGGUCCUGUCUUUCAUCUCUGCGCCCUUCCAGUCCGAAACACAGCAACCGGUUCUUACUUGAUAGAUCCCGGAUGAAGGGCAGGGAGCAACAGGAAGUCGCAGUAUCCACGGCUCGGCCGUUAUUCUGUGCCUCGGCUGCUUCAAGGGUCCGUUCCAGUGUCAUCUCCUAGCGGCCUGGCGCCGAGGCGGUGGUACCCAAGGCUGGAGCCGCAGCGGGAGCCCCCGAUGAUACUCUCCAAACUCUAAGGAAGAAGUCAAGGAUUAAGGAGACCUGGACUGGAGAGGAGCCUUUUUCUAAAACAACAAUGACAAGAGAAAAUUGGGCCCACAAUGCUUUGAGACAAGAGGGCCUUGUGAAAGGGAAGGAUGAUACUUGGAAAUGGGGAACCAGCUUCCAGGGAAGCAGCUUCUCUGUUUGGGAGACCUCCCACCUGCACUUUAGACAGUUACGUUACCAUGAGACAUCUGGACCCCAGGAGGCUCUGAGCCGGCUCAGAGAACUCUGUCGCCGGUGGCUGAGACCAGAAGCACGUACCAAGGCACAGAUCCUGGAGCUGCUGGUGCUGGAGCAGUUUCUGAGCAUCCUGCCUGGGGAGAUUCGGACCUGGGUGCAGCUCCAUCGCCCUGGGAGUGGCGAGGAGGCUGUGGCCCUGGUAGAGGAGCUACAGAAAGACCUUGAUGGACCAGCAAUAAAAGUUCCAGUCCUUGUCCAGGAUCAGAGCCCUCUCCAGAAGGCAGUGAGCACUCCAGGAACACUUUCUCCUGUACUUCCUGGCAGCCACAUAGCAGCUGAAAUUUGCCUGCAUCCUACUGAUCCAGUGGCAUUCAACUUCCAGGAUCCUCAAAAUGAUAGUCCUGCCCCUGAAGCUUCUGCCCUUUCUCAGGAAGAGAACCCAAGAAAUCAAUUAAUGGCACUUAUGCUCCUAACAGCCCAACCCCAGGAGUUGGUGAUGUUUGAGGAGGUAUCAGUAUGCUUCACUUCAGAGGAAUGGGCAUGCCUUGGCCCAAUCCAGAGGGCCUUGUACUGGGAUGUGAUGCUGGAGAAUUAUGGAAAUGUGACCUCCCUAGAAUGGGAGACCAUGACCGAGAAUGAGGAGGUGACAUCAAAGCCAAGUAGUUCUCAAAGAGCAGACUCUCAGAAAGGAACAUCAAAAAGACUUCAAGGAAGUGUUCCCCAGGUUCUUGAUUUUGAAGAAGAGUGUGAAUGGCAAGUUUUGGCAAGCCAGUGGGAAAAUGAAACAAAGGAAAGGGCAGAUAGAGUGAAGAAAGUUUCUCUUUGUGAACGAGACAAGAAGAAAAGGACUCCACCAGAGAAGCAAGGCCAAAAGUGGAAGGAAUUUGGAGAAAGCUUGACUUUCGGCUUAGCUAUUUCUGAAAGUUUAGUAGGUACUGAAGGAAAGAAGUUUUAUAAAUGUGAUAUAUGUUGUAAACAUUUUAAUAAAAUCUCCCAUCUUAUAAACCAUAGGAGAAUCCACACUGGUGAGAAACCUCAUAAAUGUAAGGAAUGUGGAAAAGGCUUUAUUCAGCGUUCAAGCCUUCUAAUGCAUUUACGGAACCAUUCAGGGGAGAAACCUUAUAAAUGUAAUGAAUGUGGGAAAGCAUUUUCUCAAAGUGCUUACCUUCUAAACCAUCAGAGGAUCCACACUGGGGAGAAACCUUAUAAGUGUAAGGAGUGUGGAAAGGGUUUCUAUAGGCACUCGGGCCUAAUUAUACAUCUAAGGCGCCAUUCAGGGGAGAGACCCUAUAAGUGUAAUGAAUGUGGGAAAGUUUUCUCUCAGAAUGCUUACCUCAUUGACCAUCAGAGGCUCCACAAAGGGGAAGAACCUUAUAAGUGUAAUAAGUGUCAGAAAGCUUUCAUUCUGAAGAAGAGCCUCAUUCUGCACCAGAGAAUUCAUUCUGGGGAAAAACCCUAUAAAUGUGAUGAAUGUGGAAAGACAUUUGCUCAGACCACUUACCUUAUUGACCAUCAGCGACUCCACAGUGCAGAGAACCCUUACAAGUGUAAAGAAUGUGGAAAAGUUUUCAUUAGAAGUAAAAGCCUCCUAUUACAUCAGAGAGUCCACACAGAAAAGAAAACGUUUGGUUGUAAGAAGUGUGGGAAGAUUUUCAGUUCUAAGUCAAACUUCAUUGACCAUAAGAGGAUGCAUAGCAGAGAGAAACCUUAUAAAUGCACUGAAUGUGGGAAAGCCUUCACUCAGAGUGCUUACCUUUUUGACCACCAGAGACUCCACAAUGGGGAGAAGCCCUAUGAAUGUAAUGAAUGUGGGAAAGUUUUUAUUCUGAAGAAGAGCCUCAUUUUACAUCAAAGGUUCCACACUGGAGAGAAUCUCUAUGAAUGUAAAGACUGUGGCAAGGUCUUUGGUUCGAACAGAAACCUCAUUGACCAUGAGAGACUCCACAAUGGGGAGAAGCCAUAUGAAUGCAGAGAGUGUGGGAAAACCUUUAUUAUGAGCAAAAGUUUUAUGGUCCAUCAGAAACUCCAUACACAAGAGAAAGCCUACAAAUGUGAGGAUUGUGGGAAGGCUUUCAGUUACAAUUCAAGCCUGCUUGUACAUCGGAGAAUCCACACUGGAGAAAAACCCUUUGAAUGUAGUGAGUGUGGAAGAGCUUUCAGUUCAAACAGAAACCUCAUUGAACACAAGAGAAUCCACAGUGGUGAGAAACCCUAUGAGUGUGAAGAGUGUGGCAAAUGCUUCAUUCUGAAGAAAAGCCUCAUUGGACAUCAGAGAAUUCACACGAGGGAAAAAUCUUAUAAAUGCAAUGACUGUGGGAAAAUCUUCAGUUACCGCUCAAACCUUAUAGCCCAUCAGAGGAUCCACACUGGCGAGAAACCCUAUGCAUGUAAUGAAUGUGGAAAAGGUUUUACCUACAACAGAAACCUGAUUGAACAUCAAAGAAUUCACAGUGGAGAAAAAACCUAUGAAUGUCAUAUAUGUAGGAAAGUCCUUACCUCUAGUAGAAAUCUUAUGGUACAUCAAAGAAUCCACACUGGAGAGAAACCUUAUAAAUGUAAUGAGUGUGGAAAAGACUUUAGUCAGAAUAAAAACCUUGUUGUACAUCAGAGAAUGCACACUGGGGAAAAACCUUAUGAGUGUGAGAAGUGUAGGAAAUCUUUUACUUCUAAGAGGAAUUUAGUUGGUCACCAGAGAAUUCACACAGGGGAGAAACCCUAUGGGUGUAAUGAUUGUAGUAAAGUUUUUAGGCAAAGAAAAAACCUUAGUGUACAUCAGAAAAUCCAUACAGAUGAAAAACCUUGUGAAUGUGAUGCGUCUGAAGAAGAAUUCUCUCAGACUUCCAACUUUCAUCUUCAACAGAAAAUCCAUACCAUUGAGGAAUUCUCUUGGCUACAAAACACCAAUGAAUCCAAGAUUGAGAUUCAGAAAAUCUAGUGUCAUAUGUAAAAUGGAAUAGAAUCCCUGCCUACUUAAGUAACUGUUGGACAAAAGAUAGAUAGUUCUUCUAAAGAAAAAGUUUAUUACUUACUGUUUAAUAUGCAAAUGAGUUGCAUGUAGAAGAAAAUUA